UUCACCACCAUUAAAGAACUUGUCUUUAAAUACUCAUUUUCAUUAGCAAGAGUCUCUUGAGUUUGUCCAUAUUCACUCAAACAAAAGACUUCAAUUUCCCUCAUCAUGUUUCUUGCAAUCUCUUCUUUUGUAACUCUCCUUCUUUUGGCUUCUAAUGAACUAGUGGUAGCACAUACUCACUACCAUGAUACUCAUCAUUAUCAUCGUCAUUAUCAUCAUCAUCCUCGUAACCAUCAUGAUCAAGACCAUUCUCAUCACAGUCGAAAACAAUUUCAUGAUAAGUCAGCUUCUCCUCAGAGGAUAAUCACCGUUGAUCAAUCUGGUAAUGGAGACUUCUCCAAGAUACAAUCUGCCAUUGAUUCAGUCCCUUCCAACAACAAGCAGUGGAUUCACAUCAACGUCAAUGCAGGCACGUACAGGGAGAAGUUGAAGAUCCCAGAAGACAAGCCUUAUAUAAUGUUGAAAGGAAUGGGAAAAGAUAAGACUUUUGUCGAGUGGGAUGACCAUGAUUCAAGUGCACAGAGUCCUACAUUCUUAACCAUGGCUAACGACAUUGUGGUUAAGACCAUUAGCUUCAGGAAUUCUUUCAAUGAUCCAAAAAAGGGGACUCCGAUGACACCUGCAGUGGCUGCAAUGAUAAGUGGAGACAGGUCAUCUUUCUAUGGUGUUGGCUUCUAUAGUUUGCAAGACACUCUGUGGGAUGAUAAAGGAAGACACUACUUUAAUUCUUGCACCAUAGAAGGUGCUAUGGAUUUCAUCUUUGGUGCUGGUCAAUCUUUAUAUGAGAGUUGUAGCAUAUCAGUUCGUGAAGCGUAUCCAGGUAAAGCAAUCAUUGGUUUCAUCACAGCGCAAGGGAGAAUGAAUGCAGACGAUGAAAAUGGUUUUGUUUUCAAGAACUGCAACAUCCAUGGAGUUGGUAAAACAUACUUGGGAAGACCAUGGAGAGCUUUUGCCAGAGUUCUUUUCUACAAAACAACAAUGUCUUCCAUCAUUCAACCACUUGGUUGGCAGCCAUGGAAUCCCACUGCCGAUGUAGGGGGAGUGGAAUUCUCAGAGUAUGAUAAUAUGGGUCCUGGUUCGUCCUUGUCUGGGAGAGUGAGUUGGUUGAAGAAAUUGGAUUCGUCAACUCUCAUGAAAAUGACAAGUACUCAAUUCGUGGACCCUGAAGGUUGGCUCAAGACUCAUCACAUGUUAUAAAUUUGUUGCAGAAUGCAUGCAUGGAUAUGCAAUCUUAGUACACUAACGUUGUUCAAAUGUGAACUCUUUGAUCGACUUAUGUCAGAAUGUUAUAUUCAAAACAUUUGUCUGCAUCAGAUAAACGUCGGAUCAUUUACUGUAGAUAGGGCUCUAUAUCAAAUAUAUAUGAUAUGUUUUUCAUCUGA